AUGGUAAGAGGGGACUUUUGUGAGCAAUACACCAAGGUCAGAUGCUAUUGUGUGGAGUUGAGAAGAUCUAACCCAGGUACCACAGCUAAAGUCACAGUUGUUGUCCCUGAUCAUAAUUUCAAGAGGGUCUAUGUGUGCUUAGUUGCAUGUAAAGAAGGAUUUGUUAGUCAUUGUAGACCAUUGAUAAGCUUAGAUGCUUGUCAUUUGAAGGGUGUAGUUGCUGACCAACUUCUAGUAGCUAUGGGUAUAGAUGGAAAUGAUGGUAUGUACCCAAUUGCUUAUGCUGUUGCUGAGGCAGAAAAUAAGGAGACUUGGACAUGGUUUUUGGAGAAUUUAAUAGGUGAUAUAGGGCUUGUGAGAGACCAUGGAUGGUGCUUUAUUUCAGACCAACAAAAAGGUUUACUUCCUGCUUUAGCUACUGUGGUCCCAGACGCAUACAAUAGAUUUUGUGUGAGGCAUUUGUUUGCUAACUUCAAGAAGAACUAUCAAGGAAAGGAGUUAAAGGACUUGAUGUGGAGGGCAGCUAAGGCAUCAACAAGAGCAUCAUUUGAAAGUUAUAUGAAUCAAAUGGAAAUAGUGAGCAAGGAAGCUUGUGAUGAUUUAAGAGGUAAGUCUCCGAUGCAGUGGGCUAGGCACGCUUUUCCCUAUUAUCCAAAGUGUGAUAUGCUAUUAAAUAACUUUUGUGAGACUUUUAAUUCGAAGAUUGUGGAAGCAAGAGAAAAGCCCUUGGUCAAUAUGCUUGAAACCAUUAGAAGAUAUCUCAUGGUUAGGAUCCGUAAGAAUAGGGAUUCAAUGGCUAAGUAUGAAGGCCUUAUUUGUCACAAGAUCCAGCAAAAAUUAGAGAAAUGUAAAGAGGCUAGCAUUGAUUGCACAUUUAUUUCGUCAGGUGGGGUGAGGUGGGAGGUGAAUAGUGGUGGCAAGCGAUUUGUGGUUGAUGUGGAGAAACGUUCAUGUGCUUGCAAUUGCAGGGAUUUGACUGGGAUCCCUUGUAAACAUGCAGUGCAUGUAAUAGGUUUCAGGAAAGAACGGGCUGAGGAUUAUGUGCAUGACUUCUAUAAGAAGGAUACAUAUAUUGCUUUAUAUUCGCAUCUCAUUCAGCCAUGCAAUGGUCCUGAUUUGCGGCUGGAAGUAGAUGGAGAUGCAAUACUUCCUCCAAUCCAUAAGAUCCAGCGAGGGAGGCCUAAGAUUGAUAGAAGAAGAAAGGAUAAAGAUGAAGUUCAUAACCCUUACAAGAUGAAGAGGAAUCAAACAAGUUUAAGAUGUGCACAUUGUCAUCAAUUGGGUCAUAAUAGAAGGGCCUGCAGGAGCAAACAAAGACCACCAGGAGUAGCAACUGCCAAGGGCAAAGGUAAGGCAGCAACUGACAAGGGUAAGGGCAAGGGCAAGGCAAUAAGUAGCGGCAGAAAGAGGAUAUUUGAAUUCAUUUAA